UUAUGAUAUUAAUGUUAGAUUAGUGUAUGGGUUGCAAGUAAUUGGGAAAGGUACUACUGCGGCAAAUGUUUUGUGUGGUAUAUUGAACUUGCCAACACCUCCAACAAGAUUUGGAAAUUGUAAUAAAGUCAUUGGGGACAAAGUAGAAGAUGUGUCAUUGAUGUCAAUUAAAAGUGCAGUGCAGAGAGAAAAGAAGAAAUUUCAAAAGGAAGUUGGAAGAUUCAUUUCGUGAAAAUGAAGGAGAACCCAGUUAUGGAGCUGGAAUGCACUAAACAUUUCAACGGCUGUUUUCCUAUGGUAUGGCAGAGCAGAGCAGGGCAGUGCAGGGCAGAGCAGAGCAGAGAAGAGCAGGGCAGAGUAGGGCAGAGCAGGGCAGAGCAGGGCAGUUCAGAGAACAGCGCAGCUGAGCACAGCACAGCACAGCAGAGCAGUGCAAUGCAAGGCAGGGCAGGGAAGGGCAGGACAGGGCAAAGCACGCGGAGGACAGGGAAGGACAGGACCCAACAUAGCAUGGCAGUGCAGAGCAGUGCAUGGCAGAUCGGAGCCAAAGCACGGAGGAGAAUGGCAAGGCAAGGCCGAGGAGCGCAUGACAGAUCAAAGCAGAUCAGAGCAGGGCAAUGCUGGACAGGCCAGAGCAAGGCAGGGCAGAGCGAAGCAGGGACGGGCAGGGAAGCCGGGGGCCACAGCAGGGCAGGCCGCAAGGCCGAACGGCCAAACAACGCACUGCCGCAGCCCAGCCCGAGCCCAGCCCCACCCCGUGCCCCGCCCCCUGAUUUUCUGUCGCGUCUUUCACCGGCUUCGCACCUGCCUUUGUGCCGGCACGUGACGGCGCAUCGCCAGCAGUGGCGGCCGAGGCGCUGCACCUGCCGGCCGCCGGGGGCGCUGGCGGCGCGGUCGGCAGCUGGAGCGGCGCCCGCUCCCUCCUUCCCACACCGCACCCCCCCACCCACCCACCCCACCCCCACGCCCCCCCACCCACCACCCCCCUCCACGCCCGCCCCACACCUCACCCCGCUGCCGGCCGCUGAGGGCGCGGAAACCAACGAGCGGCAAAUAGGCAGCGACGUAAAUCGGGAGAAACGCAGCGCCACGAGGGGGGGCUCCGUUCCCCCUCGCCCUCUUUGGAGCCGCGCGGCGCCCCCUCCCGCCGCGCCCCGCGCGGCCCCGCCGCCAGCCCCUCCCCCGUUCCAAAAAGGCUAA